ACCUUUGUGGGUUUUUUAUGAAGUUUUUUUGAAAAAUAAAGUAUUCAUAUUUGAAUUUUGCUGUGUCAACAUGUCUGCUUCACAUUCAGAGUAUAUUCAAAAGCUAUGUAGAUUGUGUGGGAAGAAAAUUGUGAAAAGUAAACAUUACGUUAAUUUUAAAUCUUGUGAUAUUUACAGUGAAGUGUUUCAAUCUAUAUAUGGAAUAAAUUGUGAACAAGAAGAUCCUUGUGUAUUUCCUAAAUUUACUUGUAAUGGAUGUAGAAGAAAAUUAGAUGAGAUGAAAACGUCAAAAAAAAUAAUUGGUACUGCUGCAUCAUUUUACCCUCAUGUGGAUGAAAAUUGUGUGUGCAUGAAUUAUGCUGUAAACAGAAAAGACAGCUUAAAAAUACUGGAAUUAGAUGUGAGUAUGAAGAAAGUUGGUUUUAGUAUAUGUGAUAAAUCGGAUAACUAUAAACGUGUCUAUACCCUUUGUCAAAAUGAAAAAGAAUUAAACCAUUUGCUUACAAUACGUAUAGACAACAGCAAUGGUUGGGAUUUCUCCAUAUAUGGGAAACCUAUGGAGAAAGAAACAAUACAACUAACAAAAACUCUGCCAUGUGUUUUGAAAAAUGAUGAUAUUUCAACUUUCUCGUCAUUCUGGAAGUCAGUCAGUGUUUGCACGGGGUUACAAGGUUAUGAAGAUGUAAUCAAGUCGAGAUGUAAUUUCGAACAGCCAUUCAUGAAUCAGAGUGGAACAUUUCCAGUAGCUUUUGUUGAAGACGAUAAAAUGGUCAGAUUUGAUGAAGACAAUUUUAAAACAAUACGCCAUACCAACUGUCAUUUUUUAGCUGAAAAACCUUCAUCUGUAUGUAGUAUGUGCAAUUCUUUUAAACCAACAGUUAAAAAAGUUAGAAGUAGACGGAAAAGUGAUGAUUCUGUGCUUGAUUCCUCACAUACAAACAUUCGAUAUCUUUCCAGAGAAGAACUAGAGGAAAGAUAUCGCAAUACUCAGGGAGAAAAACAGAGAGCAAUAAAGAAAGUUGCCCAAUUAUCAUCUUGGGUAAGAAAAAUUACUGAGAAAGAAUGCAUCCAUGUUGAUGAUGAGCAACACGAAUUUAUAAAAAAUAUUGUUUGCAAUGAGGAAACAUGUCCUGAAAUACCCGAAGGCAGUCCCCAGUGGUUGUUAUGGGAGCAACAAAAAGAAAUGGCUUCCAAAAGUUCACCUAAUGGCAUGAGAUGGCACCCACUAAUUAUUAGGUGGUGCCUCAGUUUAUACCACCAUUCACCAGCAGCAUAUAAACAUUUGCGAAAUCCGAAUUUGAAUUUUUUAAAACUCCCACAUAUUGACACACUUAAAAAAUACAUAAACUUCACUGAUCCAAUGUGUGGAUUCAAUCCAGAUGUCAUUGAAAGAUUAAUAGUGGAUAGUAAAAUUGCAACUCUGGAUGAUCACCAAAAAAACGUUUCGCUUAUUUAUGAUGAGAUGAAAAUAAAAGCUGACUUGGUGUUCAGACAGUCAACUGGACAAUUGGUUGGUUUCACUGAUAUGGGGGAUAUUAACGAUGAGUUAGUUGAAUUUCAAAAACGUGCUGAGGGAUCAUCAGAGAAUGAUCGUCACUUUGCUUCCUAUGUGAUAGUGUUUAUGGUUCGAGGAAUUGUUUCAUCUCUGGUGUAUCCUUUUGGAUAUUUCGCAUCAUUGGGAUUUACCUCUGAUCAGCUCUAUCCAUGUGUAUGGGAGGCGACAUAUGUAUUGGAGGCAAUUGGUUUUUAUGUUCGAGCAUUUAUUUCAGAUGGUGCUUCUCCCAAUAGGAAGUUUUACAAAAUUAUGGUGACACCUGAUAUUGGUAACACAUAUUGGACCAACAACUUAUUAUCAUUGGACAGAAAGAUCUUUUUUAUAUCCGAUGUCCCUCAUCUCAUUAAAACAACGAGAAACUGUUUCGAGAACUCUCAUGGAAACAAUAAUACACGCAAUCUUUUUCUCGAUCACAUGGAUAUCAGCUGGAACCAUCUUGUCAAUGUUUAUGAAUGGGAUCUGAAUUUACAUGGAGCAGCACCUGGAUUAAGGAAACUUUAUAAACUAAAAGAGGAUCACAUAAAGUUAACUCCAAGGUUGAGGAUGCAAGUUAAGUUGGCUACCCAAGUUUUGAGUAAAACAACUGCUGAUGCACUUGAGGUUCAGGGGCUGCAUUAUACGAAAAGUACAAUAAAGUUUGUGCGUAUGUUUGACCAAGUUUUUGAUUGCUUGAAUGUAUCUUCAAUUAAUCAAGAUCGUGGCGGAAAAAUAGCUCUUGCAGCAUAUAGAGAUGUUAACGAUUGGCGUUUUGAGUUUUUAGAGAAAGAAUUCCUCGAACAUUACCUGGGAAGGUGGGAAGAACAAGCCAAUGACACACCUAAUUUAUCCCAAGAUGAAAAAAAUAAAUUGUUAUUGAGCAAACAGACGAUAAAUGGUUGGAAAAUAACAGUGAAAUCAUUCGUGGAACUGACCAAAUUACUUCUCCAGAGUCCAAAUGUCAAGAUGAUUUUGAGCGAGAAAUUCUCACAAGAUCCAUUGGAGGAACAUUUCGCUCGUCAAAGACGAAGUGGUGGUACAUGUGACAACCCAACACUUUAUCAAUUUGGCCAACAAGAACUUUCUUUGCUUGUUAUGAAAUCUGAGUUGAUCAGAGAUCUACGUGGAAACACUCGACGUGGUAAUCAAAAUCAGAUUCACCUAGACGUAAAUGAUAUGAGGAAACUUCCACAGAAAAGAAAGAGAUAGUUAUUUAUAUAUUGAUACUUUUGGAAACAUGAUUGUUUGACUAUUUUAUUUAUAUUUUUUCUGAGUAUGUCAGACAUUUUUUCCAUUACGCUUUUUCAACAUAGAAGUUGUUUUGUUAUUAGUGCCUUGUCUUUUGAGUCACAUCUUUUGCAAAUAUUUUUAGUGGAGUACGAUUUUGACUUUGAUUUGAAACAUUUUUUUGAAAACAUCAAAUCUUAGAAAAUAAUUGAGAUUAAAAAAAUUUAGGAUUGCUACUUUAUUAUUGCUAUGUAAUUUUUAUUUAUGUCAUCGGGAAAUUACAACUAUUACGGAAUUUCUUUUAUCUUCAUUUCGAAUGGAUCCGCCAUACGUGAAUAAAUAUUACAGUUUUGUUUUGCUUUUUUACAUACUCACUUCGCGAUAUGUAGAACAACCCUGGGGACAAGUUUCAUUAUAUUCCCAACAAGAAUUCAUGCGAAGGAGUGUCGAAAUUAAUAU